AUGGAUACUAGCUGUAGGACUGCCGACACUGAAAGUGAAAUACUCGAAGGAAAUGCAAACUCUCAGCGAAGUUACGUUAUUGAAAGUCAGAAUAAAGAAGUGGUACAAAAUCAAGAAAUAGAAGAUCAGAAAAACUUGGAAAAAGUGGAGGGUAUUGCUGUUUUUGCUGGAGGGAACGUUGCUGUGUAUGAUGCUGCUGCUCUUGAAUAUAAUAUCUUGGAACAAGUUGGAAAAUCAUUUACGGAACACAUAGCUAGGUCAGAAUUGCCGCUACAACAAGAAGAUUCAGGUCAACUGCAGAAUAUUAUAAUUGAAAAUGCCCAGUCUUCAUUUGUGGAUUUUGGUGAUAUGACACCUUUUGAAGUGCUUGAUAGAACGAAACAUGAUGUCUCUGAAGUUAUUUGGAAUAAGUCAGAUAUUGCCAGCAAACAAGAAGUGAACAGGUUAAAUGAAAAUAUAGAAUUGUCGAAUUUUCUCCCUAGCGAAAAAUUCUCUGCGGAAAGCAGUAAUAGUGAAAGCGAGCAUGAUGAGUGCAUGUCCUCUGCAGAUGAAUCGAGGGAUAAGAAAAAACAUCCUCAAAAAAAUGCUAAGAAAACUAAAAUUGAUGAAAGAGAUCAAGAUGAUGCGGAUGAUUGUUAUUUCAUUCGAAGGAUACGGCAGCAUUUUGCGCUACUUGAGCUUCAAAAGAUUGAAGAAGAAAACAAAUCGAAAGAAGAUAAUAAUUUCCGUGAAUUGAAACAUGAUGUAAAAGUUCCCAAUGAUUGUUGGAAAAAAUUGUACAAAUAUCAAAAAACAGGCGUAAGGUGGUUGAGCGAAUUGCAUAACCAGUGUGUUGGUGGUAUAUUAGCUGAUGAAAUGGGAUUGGGAAAAACAAUCCAAGUCAUUUCUUUUCUGAGAGCAAUCUCGUUUUCUGACUUAGAAAAUCGGGGAUUUCGCUUUCGUGGUCUUGGUCCAGUACUAAUAAUUUGUCCAACUACAUUGAUAUAUCAGUGGUUGAAAGAAUUUCGUGUUUGGUUUCCUCUUUGUCGUGUGGCAGUGUUACAUAAUAGUGGUUCGUUUCAUGGUCGAAGUGGACUGCUCAUUCAAAAAAUAGUUGUUCCAAGAAAGGAUGGUAGUGUUUUGUUAACGUCGUAUGGAACUUUUAUCAAAAAUCGUAAGCAGUUGGUGAAUGAAACAUGGCAUUAUGUUAUUCUUGAUGAAGGUCAUAAAAUAAGGAAUCCAGACGCAAAGAUAACUCUUGCUGUAAAAGAAAUGUCUACUCCUCAUAGAUUAAUUUUAAGUGGUUCACCGCUACAAAAUUCUCUUCGUGAACUAUGGUCUCUGGUUGAUUUUGUUUAUCCAGGUCGAUUAGGAGAUUUGAAAUCAUUUGUUGAUAAAUUUUCGACUCCGAUCACUCAAGGUGGAUAUGCUAAUGCUACUGCUGUUCAAGUUCGUACCGCCUAUAAGUGUGCAUGUGUUUUGAGAGAUGCUAUUAAUCCGUACCUUCUCAGACGUUUGAAAAAGAAUGUCGAAAUGUCAAUCAAUUUACCAUCAAAAACUGAACAGGUCCUUUUCUGUAAUAUAACACCAUGUCAGCGAAGACUUUAUGAAGAAUAUUUGUCAUCGCGAGAAUGUGGCCGUAUUUUGUCUGGCAAAAUGGAUGCCUUUGUUGGUUUAAUGACAUUAAGGAAAUUAUGUAAUCAUCCUGAUCUCAUUACUGGUGGACCUAACAAAUUUAAUGAUUAUGAUGUUACGGUUGAUGAAGAUAUGGAAUUUGGAGCAGCUUGCAGAAGCGGAAAAAUGGAAGUACUUAAAACUCUGUUGAAGUUGUGGAAACGACAGGACCAGAAAGUUCUGUUAUUUUCUCAAAGCCGACAGAUGCUGACAAUACUUGAAAAAAUGAUAAUCAAGCAAGGGUACGACUAUUUGAGAAUGGAUGGCAAAACACCAAUCAAAAAAAGACAACGACUUGUUGAUGAUUUCAAUAAGAAAAGUGAACUGUUCAUUUUUUUAUUAACUACGCGCGUUGGUGGGCUUGGAAUAAAUCUUACAGGUGCAAAUCGCGUAGUUAUUUUCGACCCAGAUUGGAACCCUUCUGUUGAUAUCCAAGCACGCGAGCGUGCAUGGCGGAUUGGGCAAGAGCGGAAUGUUACAAUAUACAGAUUUUUGACGGGUGGUACUAUUGAAGAAAAAAUCUACCAUAGGCAAGUUUUCAAGCUUUUUCUCUCCAAUCGUGUACUAGUUGAUCCGAGACAGAGAAGGUUUUUCAAAACGAAUGAAUUGCACGAGUUGUUUUGUUUGGGUGAUGACAAAGUAAUGAGAAAGGAAGGCACAGAAACGGCAGCGCUCUUCAGCGGUACUACAAAGAAUAUUACGCGUGAUUCCUUUUCGUGUUCUCGUAAUUUUUUCGAUAAAAAUGAAAAAGACCGAGAAGGAAAGCGAAAAGAAUUUCGAAGAGCACGAAAAAGGUUGCCAGUGGAAGUAACGUGUGAUGAUGAUGAUGAUGAUGAUGAAACAAAAGCACUUGUUGAUAAAAAUUUGUCAGCGGAAAAAAUUGCUGAAUUAAAAGAACUAGCUCGAAAAAUCAGUAGGUCGAUUGGUAAGAGUGCCGAAAAAAGAAUGAAAAUCACUGAUAGCGAAACGAGUGGUAACAAGAUGAAGGUUAGAAGCAGUGAUAAAAGCUUUGAUAUCGAUGUUGAAAUUCCGUAUUUGCAAAAGAGACGACGCUACAAAGAAAGUUAUAAAGAAAAUCCUAAGCAGGCAUGUGUGAUCUCGGCCCUUCAGCAUGACCAUAUUUUCACAGAAAGUAUUAUGGAUGAACAGUUGGUUGAAGAUCAAGCAAAUGCUGUUGCUGCAAGUGCUGCAGCAUUCAUAAGACGUUCUAGAAGGUGUUUGCCGAAACACAAUUUUGAGAAACAAAGAUUUGGUCUGAAAAAAGCCAGUGGUUAUCAGCAACAGAAUGAAUCUAAAAGUGAUAAUGAGGAAGAGCCAAAUUUCAGCGGUGCUGCGCUGCUCAAUCGAAAUUCGGAUAAAAAUAAUACUGGAAGCUUAUUAGAUGCUAUUCGCCGACGGAAAGAUCGAAAUUUGGAGUUAUUAGGAACCAACAAUGGGAGAUUUAAUGAAGAACACUAUCCUUCAUUAUUUGAUUCACUGGAAACGUCAGCUCCAAAGUCUCUCAAAAAACAUGUUGAAAUGGCAGAUGCUAUACGUUUAUUCAUGAUCCAAAGAAAUGGGAAAGCGUUAACAGAUGAAAUUUUGCAGAGCUUUAAAAAUCGGGUAUUACGGGAAGAUUUGUUGGCAUUUCGAUCCAUUUUGAAGAACUUGUGUAAUUUACAGAAAAACUCCAAUUUAUGGAUUUUGAAAGAUGAAUAUCACUAA